CUGUCCAGAGAGGACGUUGUUUUUAUAGGCACAUGUGUCUGGUCUUUUUUGACACCAUACUUUGAGUUAGUGAAUGUCACACAGUGACCGAAUCAGAGCCAAAAGUUGGGCUGAGUCCCAAAUGGCACCCUAUUCCAUUAAUAGUGCGUUACUUUUGACAAGGGCCCAUAGGGCUCUGGUUAAAAGUAGUGCACAAUAUAGGGAAUAGGGUGCCAUUUGAGACACACAUCCGUGGUGUUGGGAAUUAUAACCGUGAAUAACAAUGUUUCCUCCUCCUGUUGUUUCCAGCCGACACAUAGGCCACGUCAUGGCGCUCCCUGGCAGGUCCCAGGGUGUAGCCAGCGCCAGCGCCCCCACCACCCCUGUACACCGCUCCCAGGGUGUUGCCAGCGCCCCCACUACUCCUGUACACCGCACUUUUGCCACCUCAGGGGCCCCACAGCUGGACUCCAAGCCUGACAGACCUUCUCUGGGGAGCUUGUUGUCCUCCUCCUACAGACAACACCAGGAGUCUCUGACUGCAGAGAGAGAGAGGAGGAGACAAGAGAGGGAGGAACGACUGCAGAAAAUCGAGAGGGAGGAGAGGACCCGCUUCAAGUGAGUCCCAACCUGCAUCACAUCACACUACUCAUAGAUGGAACUAUCCUUUUGACGUUUAUAUUGGCAGUUCAGUUCCCUCAUUAAAAGUCCCAAACCAAUUCACCAGAAUCAAACACGGAACUACUUUGUCCACAGAUUUUUACACUUAUCUGUAAGGUUACGCGCUGGAGUGAUGUAGUUUUAUCUGGGAUGAAUAAGAGUCUGAGCCUUGUCCACAAUAUAUCAGACGAGUUGGAGAUGUUUAGAGACUGGACAUACUUGUCUGUCUGUCUGUUUAUUGUGGUCAUCAGUCAGGGACAUACUGGGAUCUAAGGAGGAGAUACAUGGUCUGCAUCCCAAAUGGAGCUCUGGGCCAUAGGUCUCUGGUCAAAAGUAGGGCACUUAUUAUGGGAUAGGGUGCAAUUUGGGGUGCAGCCAUGGAAACGUUGGUUCGGCAGAAAACAAAGUCCUGCUGGCCUGCCUUUUACUUGUUUUCUAUGGCCAUAUAAAGAGCUGGAUGUCAGACGGAGCGCUGGAAAGCUCCUCUGGUCUGUGUGUCUCCUCUGUCAUGUCAGACUAUUUCUCUCCCACAGUAUCUACAUCUAUUCACACUGUCUCGUUGGUUAACUAAGGAUGUCUUUUAAAAAGGUACUAUAGAAUGUGAAUGAAAACAAAUAUGAAUUGAUAUGCACAAUAAGAUAUAGAUCUCACAUUCUUUACACAAUACUGUGUCU